CAACAAUCGGAUUUACAGAAAAUCCAUUGUUUCUCUCACGCAUCAAAACCACUGAAACAAGUGAGAAAGAAGAAAUGGAGAAAUUGAAGACCGCAAGGACGAUGAUGAGGAGGAGGAGAAACAUUUGUUGCGCUCUUCCUCUUGGAGAAACGGGUAAUCCUACGGAAUUUGUCUCUUUCUCUUCUCAAGCUUUAACCCCCAAAUUCGCCAUAAAGAAUCGAUGCAAUGAAUUGAAUACUCUAGAUGACGCUGUUGCUUUGUAUAAUCAAAUGGUUUUUGUGCAUCCCCAACCUUCCAGUUUUGAAUUUUGUCGUGUGUUGAGUGCGAUUGUCAGAAUGAAACAUUAUUGCACUGUGGUUUUCCUUUCCAGAGAUAUGGAACUUCUGGGAAUUCGACAUAACCUUCAUAGCUUGAGUAUAUUGAUCAAUUGUUUCUGCCGCCUACAUCGCGUGGAUUAUGGUUUCUCUGUUCUUGGUAAAACCUUUAAACUCGGCCUAUCACCCAAUAUCAUAACACUCACUACCCUUAUCAAUGGAUUGUCUAGAGAGGGUAAUGUUGCCCGUGCCACAAGAUUGUUUGUUGACAUUAUGGAUAAUGGUUUUCAGCCUAAUGUAAUUACCUGCACGUCGCUAAUAAAUGGCUUGUGUAGAGCAGGCAGGACCAAUGAUGCUAUUUGUUUGCUUGAGAAGAUGGAAGAUAGGGGUUAUAUGCCUGAUGUGGUAACAUAUACUACAAUCAUUGACAGCCUAUGCAAGGAUAAAUUGUUUAUUGGAGCUUUAAAUUUGUAUUCUAAAAUGGUCCAUAAAGGCAUUUCACCUACAAUUGUCACAUACAAUUCCUUAAUUCAAGGUGCUUGCAAUUUGGGCCACUGGAAUGAGGUAGUGAGAAUGUGGAAUGAAAUGUUGGGUAGGGACAUCAGCCCAGACCUGGUUACUUUUAGUAUAGUGAUUGAUAAGCUUUGUAAAGAAGGCAGGGCUUUGGAGGCUCACGUUGUUUUCGAAAAGAUGAUUGAUUAUGACUUGGAGCCAGAUGCUGUGACGUAUAGUGCCUUAAUGGAUGGAUAUAUUUUGCAAGGAAAAAUUGACGAGGCAAUGAAAGUGUUCAACUUGAUGGUUGAUAAGGGUUGUAAACCCAAUGUGUUUACUUAUAGCAUUUUAAUGAAUGGAUAUUGUAAGUGUAAAAGGGUAGAUGAGGCCUUAAGACUCUUGAAUGAAAUGUCUCAAAGGGGAUUGUACGCUGACGUCGUAUCAUAUACUACCCUUAUAAAUGGAUUAUGCGAAGUAGGGCAGCUUGGGCUUGCUCAAAAUCUUGUUAGAGAGAUGAUUGCUCGUGGUCAGACUCCUAAUGUAGUUACUUACUCAACGCUGCUUGAUGGCUUGUGUAAACAUGGAUGUUUUGAUGAGGCAAUUGUACUAAUCAAGAAAAUGCAUGAGAUUAGUAUUGAGCCUGAUAUCACAACAUAUACUAUCCUUAUCGAUGGUAUGUGCCGAAUGGGAAGGCUUCAUGUUGCAAGGAAGGUAUUUUCUGGUCUCUUAAUUAAGGGUUUACGGCCAGAUGCAUGUACAUACAAUGUCAUGAUUAAAGGACUUUGCAAGGAAGGGUUUUGCAGCGAAGCAUAUGAAUUGUUCAGAAAAAUAGAAGAGGGUGGUUGCUUACUUGAUAGUUCCUCGUAUAAUGCAAUAAUUCAAGGUUAUCUCCAUAACAAUGAUACAUCAAUGGCAAAGAAACUUCUUGCGGAAAUGGUUGGCAAAGGAUUCUCAGCUGACGCGUGCACAGCAACCAUGUUUGUAGAUAUCCUAUCCAGUGAUAUAUUAAAAGCAUAGUAGCAAAAACAUUAAGGUACGAAGCCUAAGCAACUCAGAAGAAGAGAAGCCCCGCAGAGCAAGUGUGAAAUAGAGCCGUUAUUAAAUCGGGGCGAAUGAAAGGUGAGUGUACGCUCUUUUGAGGAUGGUUUACCAAGUUUUUCUAUGAGAAACAAUACUUUGCUCUAUGUCCAAAUUAUCCAGCUGAUGCAAGUGUUAAGAAUUGCCUGCUGAAUCUUCUGUGUAUCAACUCUAUCUAGUGCUCCUUUUCUGAUGCCCAUGAGAUUCUGUUUUGCUUUCAACACUGGAUCUUGAGAACUAUUAAGCAUUUUAAAUUGUUUAUAUUGCAAAGGAAGAUGUUUAAUAAGAGAAUAGUUGAUUGAUAAUUAAUUUGAACAAUGUGCAGUGCAGUCUCAUUAUACCUUCUGAAUGCUCAUGAUAUAUUUCCCAACCAUUUUGAGUGUUCAGAGAAGUUCUCUAAGGCUGAUGCUUGAACUCAACCUUUGUAUACACAGCUGAUAAUCUGAUUAACUUUGGACUUUCUGAAUGCUCAACAUCACAACCAUCUGGAGGUCCAACGGGCUGAGAUGAAAACUGUCCAAAUAGCCAGCAUAAGAGAAUUCGGGUCAAAUUGUCUAGGGCAUACAUCUUCUUCGGCAAAGCAAAAUAACAGUGGAUUCCUUCUUUCAUCCACUUCAUGCUUCCAUUUUCUUCCUCAAGAGUGUUGUCUUGCCUUGCAAUCUUCUUCAGCACAGAGAGGCGACGCGAUCAAAACGAACCAGCCCUAGGCCCCAAAUCAGUCCAGCGAGGGUGACGCCUGGAGUUAUACCUGCAGUGUAUAGUCCAUAUCUUCCGCCCCCUGAGUUGGCGACUGGGACGAUCUAGGAGAGUGCGGUCUUGGCUCGCGACGUUGCAUGUUGAGUCCUCAAACGUUGUUGGUUGCCUUGUGGGCAGCAUUGGUGAGCCUCGCCUGGAAGAAGAAGUCUGCCGUUGCAGCACAUGGAGUUCCCAAAUUGCCUGGAGUGACCUGAAGCCAGGUCUGAUUCUACAAACUUUCUCUGGGUAAUAAAAGGAUCAAAUUGGUGCUACAAGAACAAGAACACCAGUAAUGGGUUUAUGUCGAAUUUGUAUAUGAGCUGCUGGUCAUUUGACACUGGAGAAUGGGAUGACAUGGAUUUCUUGUAGACAACUGUGAGCAUGGAAGUGUAAGAAGACACCAAUCUAACAGUCUUCAAUUACUGCUUGGCCUUGAAAUGAAAUUAGGCGAAGUAUGCUUGAAGUCCCUGUACUUUGCGAAACGGGUCAUUUGAGCGCCUAUACUUUGUUUUGGCUCUUUCAAGCCCUCCUACUUGGAAUAAUGGGCAACAUUAGCCCCUCAGCUCACUUUCCGUCCACAAAUGCUGAUGUGGCGUUUAUUAUUUGACAUGGCGUUUAAUUGCUAAAUAAACAAAUUCUGAUGUGGCUUAGAAGAAGAACAAAGUCUCCAUGAAGGCAUUUCAUCCUUAGGGAUUUCAUAUGUAGCGCCGCUCAAAGGGGUUUCUUCGAUUGUACAGACGCUCCAUCGCGAACUCCAAAGACCGUCGCAAACUCCAGGGGUUUCAUUACAAUGGUGAAAAUGAAAGCAAUUCACACUCCGCUCUCAGACUUUUGAGGAUAGCUCUAUUUCAGAUAGUGAUGACCAUGAAGAUGUACUGGCAGAAGAUAAUUCAUAAGAAGAUGAUGAUGUAAGGGCAAGGAUUAUUCAGAGGAUAGUCUCAAUGCUGUCUUCGAAAGUCUUGGGCGCAAUGGCCGCGAUAGCCCUUACUUUUCCCAGUUUGCUCUUUAUAAAAGAAACCACUGCCCUUGCUCUGGGACCUACCUACCCACUCAUCAAUCACGGUGUUCAGCUGAGUUGCACGGAUAGACCCCUAUUGUAUUGGAAUUAGGCGCUCAUCUUUUGACUGUUGUUAACUAAUCUCUUCAGUGUUCGAUUCUACUCUUUGUAAGAACAUUUCUGUGAAUGCUAUUCUGAUUUAAAUCGUCCCAAUAUUAUUCUCAUCCAAGCAUGUUUAA